ACCCAAGUUGGAUCACCUUCGAGAUCGACGCCGAAUAUGUGUCGGAGCAAGCAAGUGGGUUCGUUUGAGAGACAGCCUCAGGGCUAGUUGGGAGAGAAAAAAGAGAGGCAGGCAAGGAAAACCGGGCGAGGUAAGGGAAGAUGGGGGACCAGCUUAGCGGCGGUAACAGUCGGUCUUACUCGACUCGAUCCCUCGGAUAAUCCUCAGUACCCCGCGACUCCGCGACUCCAUGCCGCGCGCCGUUUUGAAGAGACUUGGGGAAAUCUCCAAUUGGCCCUGGACCUACUCACACUCACUCCUCGCCCACCAUAUCCUUUUGGCUGCAAACCGCCGCCAGUUGCUCCCGUUCGCGCUUCGAUCCCUCCUAUAACGCAUGUCCAUUCGCAUACAAUGCCGUCCGUCACGAGGAGCACCCAUUUGGUCGCACGCAACCUUUGUUGGCCUCGCAGACGAGCCUUCUCGACAACGCCGAAGCGGCUGGAGAGCUAUGGCUUCAUCGGUCUAGGACAGAUGGGCUACCAAAUGGCCAAAAAUCUUCAGUCGAAGCUAUCGCCGAGCGAUUCGGUCAGAUUAUUUGACAUCAAUGGCGAGUCGGUGAGGCGCCUCGCCCAAGAGGUUCGAGCAUCUAAAACCGGUGGUGCCGCUGUCGGGGUCGCUCACGACGUGGAGGACGCUGCAAAAGAAGCAGAUAUCGUGAUCACGGUGUUGCCCGAACCCGCACACGUGAAGGCUGUGUUCAGCCAAAUAUUAUCUCCGGACCUGCCUAAGAAGAACAGAGUGUUCAUCGACUGCUCUACCAUUGACCCUUCGUCAUCGCAAGAGGUUGCAGGUUUGGUUCGAGAUGCGAAGCAAGGCCAAUUCGUGGACGCUCCGAUGUCGGGCGGCGUCGUAGGUGCAACUGCAGGCACGUUAACCUUCAUGUUGGGAGCCCCUGAUCCCGUGGUGCCAAAAGUAGAGCCGAUCCUGCUACGGAUGGGCAGACGAGUGUUGCAUUGCGGCGCCCAGGGCAAUGGACUCACCGCAAAGCUGGCUAAUAACUACCUGUUGGCCAUCAAUAACAUCGCCACAGCCGAAGCGAUGAACCUGGGCAUCCGCAGGGGCCUCGACCCCAAGGUUCUCGCAAGUGUCAUCAACGUGAGUACUGGCAAGUGCUGGCCCAGCGAGGUAAAUAAUCCUGUGAAAGGGGUUGUCGAGGGGGCGCCGGCCAGCCGCGAUUACGCCGGCGGGUUCGGGAUCAGCCUGAUGGCCAAGGACCUGAGGCUCGCCAUCGUGGCCGCACACGAAGCCAAGGCUAAGCUGGCACUCGGUAGUAGGGCCAAUGAGGUGUACGAGGCGGCGGAGAAGGCAGAGCUGUGUAAAGGAAGAGACUUCUCUGUCGUGUAUAGGUUCCUCGGCGGUGAGGAAUAAAAGCUCACACCAAGAACAACGCCACCCGAUCUCAUUUCAAACCUGCGUGGCAAAGUGUUGAGCCGCCCCGUACUUCGCUAUAGCGCACACCCGCCGCUCCUUGACUAUCCGUAGGGGUUAGCCGUCUGUGCGUCGAGGUGCCAGCGUAGAAACAAACGGCCGCGUUACUCGCCACUACAGUUUAAAAUAAAAAGAAAGAAUCCCCUAGCACAAGAGGUUGAGCAAUAUAUCCUUAUUCACAUCUAUGUAAGCGUA